AUGUUGCAAGCCAUAGCCUGCUUUAUGCUUUCUUCUCCAUACCCCACUGCGUAUCAGACAUACGGCGUACCACAGAAGCCGCACCAUGAGGGAACGGUGGUAGCGGUUGUCAAGCCAAUUUUGUUUUUAUUGAUGGAUGAGGUUGUUAAGUGGCCAUCUGCCGAAUCCCUUUUGGGAAAGUAUUGUUGUGGGCGUCGAGGAGGUGAGGGGGAGGAUUUGUCUGCCUGGGCCAUGACGGCUCCCCCACACAACGCCAACCCCACUCACUCAUCACUCAGCCCGUGGAGCCCCGAACGAGUGCGCACGCCCAUUCUGGUUCCGCUUAGCCUCCAAAGACUCACAAAACGUGCGUGUUGCGUAUUGUCUAGCUAUCCACCGAAGGUCACGACUCACGACGAAGUUGGAUAUUUGUGUUCUGGUACAUCUGAAACAAAGAGAAAUAGAACAAAGUUGUUGGUCCAUUCAAGAACACAGCCUGCUGUAGCCCACACGUUCAGCAGCAGCGCACUUGGAAACAUCUCUUAUCGCAACCAGUCCGCAGUUGCAAUAAUAACUGACAGGGUCGGUGUGCUGUGA